AUGGCUGGAGGCAGAACGCAAGCGUCUUUCGCCGAGUUUCCUAAUGACCAGUCUUUGCUUAUCGGCCUCCAAGCACUACCUGCAUGGAAUGAGUAUUUCGACCAUCCCAGAGGCACUUUACUGGGUCUGGUCACCGCCGCCAUCAUGUUCCCCGGCAUUGUCGCCGGCUUUCCGGCCGCGUGGAUCUGUAUGCACUGGGGUCACCGAUGGUGCGUCAUGAUCGGCUGCAUCCUCACCAUAAUUGGCGCCAUAUGGAUCGCCUUGGCCCCGAACAUGACUCAUUUCAUCGUUGCUCGUGUUAUUGUCGGUACCGGAGGUGCUGUCUCCAAAAUUGCGGCACCCGCCCUUCUCCAGGAGAGCAUGCAUCCAAGGCUUCGUGCUCCCAUAGGCAAUAUGUACUUUGGUUUCUACUACGUUGGCUCUAUACUUAGUGCAGCCAUGUCCAUUGGUAGUCUCUACAUCAAAGGCAACUGGAGUUGGCGCCUCCCAUGUUUGGUAAUGGUGGUUCCCCCCGCCGUCAUCAUCGCGAUUAUUUAUCCGGCCCCAGAAUCUCCCCGAUUUCUGGUCAGCAAGAGGAGAAAUGGCGAAGCCUUGGAUAUGCUGGCGCGUUAUCAUGCUAACGGGGACUCUAAUGAUGCCCUUGUCAGGUGGGAGCUACGUGAGAUUGAGUUUGCACUCGAGGAGGAAGAGCAUAAUAACAAGUCUUCAUAUUUGGACUUCCUCAAAACCAAAGGCAACCGCAAGCGUCUUGCUGUCUCCAUUGCCGUCGCCCUUGGUUGCAAUUGGGUUGGCAACGGCAUCGUAUCCUACUAUCUUGUUCCUGUUCUGAGAUCCGUUGGCGUCAGCGAGCCAGCCAAAAUGCUCUCCAUAAACCUCGGCCUAGCCGUUUGGAAUUUGAUCCUCGCCGAAUGGGCCGGUAUAAAUAUCGAUAGAUUCGGUCGCCGUCCACUUCUCCUCACAUCCACUAUCGGCAUGAUUAUCUCAUACUCUUUCGUCAUGGGCUUCUCGGCCGGAUUCGCCGAGUCCAACCGCAAAAGUCUCGGCAUUGCCGCUAUUCCCUUCCUAUUCUUCUUCUUCGGCUUCUAUGACAUUGCCUGGACACCCCUUAACUACUCGUACGUCGUCGAGAUUAUGCCAUUCCAUCUUCGAACCAAGGGACUCGCAAUCUACAACUUCGUCCAGCUUAUUGGAAACUCCUUUAAUCAAUUCGUCAACCCGAUUGCUCUUGACGCUAUUGCUUGGAGGUACUACGCGGUGUACAUUGGCGUCGAUCUAGUCUACGUUUUCCUCAUCUACUUUUUCUUUCCCGAAACCAAGAAGCUCUCGAUUGAAGAGGUUGCCCUCAUCUUUGAUUAUGACAUCAAGGAUGCGCACAAGAACGCGGCUGCCAAUUUUGAGACUCGGAUGUGCGCCGAUACGACGGCCAAGAAUAUAGAACUGGACAUCCAGGACAAGCCCGAUCACAUUGAGUCUCAUGGAAAGGGCAUCGGUCAAGAGGUUAAGGGCUGA